AUGCCGGUCCGGGGAGGGUUCGUGGCCAGGCGUCAGCUCGGCCAAGCUCCGACUGACUCCGUGCCUGAAGUGCUUGCCGCGGUGGUUGGUUCAGUCGGGGCCAGCUGUUCCUCUAUAACUCGGACUAAAAUAGAAAUGUCCCGAGCGCGGCUUCAUGAGGUGGAGGUCCCUUGGCGUGCGUCGGUUUGGGGUCGCACGCGGGAACAGCGGCCGCCAAGGAGCUUCGGUCGCCGCGCGGGAGGGUCAAAGUACCGGCGCCUUGGCUUUUUUAGGUCUCUUCUUUGGUGCCGAGCUGGGGUCCGGGUGCCUGCCUUUGCCAGUGCCCGGCAGACCACCGUCGCCAGCGCUAGAACUGCUCCGGGGCCCCAGGGAGGAACAAUCCUAGGAGAUCCCGACCGAAUUGAGGAUUUGGGAGAGUCUCAAGUCCCUUACCAGCUCUUCCUCGAAUAUAUAUUUGGCCUUGGAGAAGCUACAUACAGGCCUGGUGCAUAUGAUUUGUUCAAACACAACUGCAACAACUUUAGUGACGAAGUGUCCCAGUUUCUGUGUGGCCACGGUAUCCCCAAGCACAUUCUGCAGCUUCCAGAUGAAGUGUUGAAUACACCGCUGGGUCAGGUCCUGUCGCCCAUGCUGGCCUCCAUGCAAGUGACUGCCACUGACCCACUGUCAGGCCAUUCCGCUGCGACGCAUGGACCCCAUCGCCAGCAACACCCCCCACCUUAUUUUGCCAUUUGCCUGGAUAAUCCAAUAUACUUUCACCAUCAAAUGUACCCCACAACAGUCAAACACAUUGGAACUUGUGUCUUGAGCCUUAGUGAGACCAUGAACAGCAACACUAGUGCAAAGAGUAAUGUGUGCUUUAAAUCUUCUAAGGUCCUUGUAAUAUCAUGUAAGAAGUUUUACAGUAUUCCCAAGAAGACACAGCAGAAAAUUGAUGCUCAUAUUGCUUUACACUUGAGAGCACAUGUUUUCAAGGAAGGAAAUGUUUGUGAUAUAAAGUUCCUUUGUAUCAUUUCACUUGGAGAAACACUGAAGACUGCCUUGAAGGACUUGGAGAUCAAGUCCACAGACUCAAGAAAAGUUAACUUUGCAAAUUUCAACAAUAAUUUGCAUAGCUACAUCCCAUCUGAAGUGACAUCACAUAGACACGACGACUCACCUGAAUUGGAGGAGUUGAAUAAUGCUAUAGAUCAGAUCAGACAAAACGGAAUCAUACUAGAAGAUCGCCGCAAUUCCAUAAAUGAAAAGAUAAUCAAAAAGGAAAAGAAGAAGAAAGACAAGAAAGAAAAGAAGGAAAAGAAGGAGAAAAAGGAGAAGAAGAAGAAGUCCAAGUCAAGUGGAGACACCUCAGAAGAAGGCAAGAAGAAGAAAAAGAAGCAUGUCACUCAUGUUGAGUCAAUAGAGGAGCAACAGAAUUCCCCUUGCUGCUCAGGCCUACAGUCUGCUUCUCACUCCCGACACAACUCAGAAGGAGAUAAUCCACAGGAGAUCUUGCCAGACCCUCUGCAGGAGGUAACUGAGUCUCUGGAAGGGCUCAACACAGGCAGAACCUCGGUUGAAAAUUCAAGCAGUGGGGAGAUUGUAUCGACAGAGCCAGAGCCUUUUGAGCGUCUUCCAUCUCCCAGCAGCAGAGGUGCCACACCCCAGCCUGAAAACAGACUUGUAAACACAGAGACUGUUACUGAAGAAGGUGAAGCAGCUGCUUUAGAAGGCACAAUGGCAGACUCUGCUCAAGAGGUACAGCCUGAGGAAGUUGCACCUGCUCAGGCCCCAGCCAGAGAGUCACCUCCCCAACAACCUGAACCUGAAGUAGAGCGUGAACCUCCUAUUGUCUUCAAGGAUGAACUGGAUGUGAGUACUGGUGUUGAUGAUGAUGGUGGUUCUGAUAAUGAUGACUUUUGGUCCUACCUUCUCCCCGGUUAUAGAUCAGGCGACCUUUCCCCAUGUUUGUCGUUGUCUGCCUCAUCCUCAUGUUCAGACUUAUUUUUAGCAUCAUCACCCUCAUCCUCAUCCUCAAAUUCAUCUCCUUUUUUUUUCUACUCCUCAUCCUCUUCCUCUUCAUCUUGUUCCUCCCUUUCCAGUCAAUCCUCCUCCUCAACUUGCUCUUCUUCAUCUUCUUACCAUUCAUCAUCACAGUCUUCCUCACAUUCAUCAGUGAAGAACUCUUCUUGUUCAUCAAAGUCAGAAGAUUCUGAUAUCAAUAACAAUUUGUCUGGUACCUCAACUAGGUCCACUCGUGUUCCUACACCAGAACUUCCCCAAGACAUUUUUAUUGAAGAAGCAUCAAGCAAUUCUAAUACUUCUCCCUCCACGCGUACAUACCACACAGCUAUGAUUUCCCCUUCUCUCUCUCGCUCCUCAACAACUUGUUCUGACUUGUCAAUGUGCUCUUCGACAUCAGGGCUCUCAUUUGGCUCUUCCUACUAUAUUCUGUAUGUUGUGGAUCCAGUUGGCCGGGUCCCAACACCCCAGGAAUUGCCAUCAUCCCCAGAAAACUCGCCUUCGCCCCCGUUACUAAGCCGGAGUAACUCAGUUACCUCAAUUGCCACAGUAGAUACUAUGCGAACAGUAACUCCUGAUCAACAGUACUUUGAAGUCAAUAAUGCUGCAUUCAGACGCAUGCAUGGAAUUUCACGAGCAUCUUCUUAUGAAUCCUGUUUAAGUUGGAGAUCAAGAUCACAUUCACUCUCCUUUGAUUCUUGUUCAACACUGAAUUGUAAAUCACAGUCUCAAGGUCCUCCACCUCAAUUUCUUUUGUCUCCAAUCCCCCACUCACCGCAACCAACUCCAUCCCCUGUUACACGCUCACAGCCAUCAUCACCUGUAGGCCCAAAACCAGCUCCACCUUCUCGAGCUUAUUCCUUAGAAUCUAUAUCUUCCUUCCUGCGGCGCUUGCCCCGUGCCCCAUCAUCAAUUAGAUCCAUUUCCACUUUUGAAUUUGCCCCAUCAACCUGUUCCACAACCCCCCCUCCACGUGGGGAAGAAUUCCUUGACCGACCCCCCUCCACGGACUCGCCCAUCCUCUUGGCGUCCCCCAACGGGAGUCUGCGUGGCUCACACGACUCGUUGGUGGUAUAUCGACCUGUGCCACGGUACAGUCACACUGACCUUGGCUCCCCAGAGCCCCAGAGUGCCUUGCUCUGCUACCUGGGCCCUGCACGCCCGUACGAGCCACCAGUGGUCUACACCAGCGUUGUUGAGCAGGCACCAGCUGAAUUUGAGGGGCUAGCAGCCAGUGUUGGAAAUAUUCUGAAUCCUGAAGAAAAAGAACAUCUGAAUGAACUUCGUGCUUAUGUAGUAGAAGAUGAAGGAUCCUGGGCCCUUGGUGAAAACUUCAGUAUUUUGUUUAACCGAGUACUUCAUGAUCCAAGUGUGCCAGAUGAUGCACGUCUUCACCUUGUUCGACUUAUGGCUGCUGCUGCCCUUAAAGAUGAUGUUAUUUUGCUGCUACACCAGGACCGCAAAGACCACACAAUCAUGAAUUAUGCUAACAAGGUUGAAAGUCUGCCACCUGUUCACCAGGAAUCUUUAGCUCUCUUCUUCUGCAACAUGUUUGAGCACCUGAGUCCAUCGGAGUGGUUGCUAUAUAUCAGUGAGUGGCAGGAUGGAGGUCAGCAGACCAGCAACAUCCGAGUUACUACAAAAGUUGCUGUUAAUGCUCUUCUACAUCAGAAUCAAAGGGUUCAAGAAUAUGGCACAGCACUCAUGUACAACCUAGGUACGAAAGAGGUAAAAACUGUAGUCUUUGAUGAUGUUGCUCCUGAGCUGGCUAUGGCAAUCCUUCAGUACCUCAACAGCCAUCCCCCAGAGGAGCUUUUAUGGAGAACAAUGACAGCUCUUUGCAGAUUCUGUUACUCCUCCACUGAAGUGCCAGCUUUGAUCAAAAUGAUUGGUCCCCCUCCUUCAGCCUUCAAGGGUGUCAGUGAACGGAUUGAUAACAUUAUUGAAGAAGUUGAUGCCAAACUUAGCCGUGUCAGAGAUUUCUAAAAUUGUUUCAUUAAUAUUAAUAUAUUUUGUAUUUUGAAAUAUAAUGCUGUUGUUGUAUACAGUGCAUGAACUUGUAAAUAAUUACGUAGAUGCUUUGUUAUUUUUGUGAUGAAUUAUCUCUCCAUCUGUUUAAGUCAAAUCCUUUUAAAUAAUGAAUGAGCUCUUUCGUAUGUGUAAAAAGUGUUUCAUGUAUUGAACAUAAACAAAUUGUGUAACAAGCAUAUUAACACAAUAUUCCCAGCUCUGGGACAAGCUUUGAUACUUACUAAAUGAUUUAAUUUUUUUUCAAGAAUUGUAUGUAAUGUAUCAUUCAACUAUCAUGUAUUAUAACUCUAAAGUGAUUUCAUAGAUCCUUCCAACUAUGUUUGUUUCCCCCUACCACAAUUUGCCAUUUUUCGUAACAUACACUUGAAGUCUUUGAUGUGAAAUGACCCAUUUUAUAGCAAUAUACUGUGUCUGGAGUUUCUUUUUAAAAUGUAAGCUCUUUUAUACUUUUCUUCUCUCAGAGGAAACUUUUUUGUGUGGAUGUGUGUGUAACAGAAUAAAGUCAAGUUUGUGUAACAGAGUAAAGUCAAGUUUGCAAGGUAUGCCAUGUUUUCUGCAAUGUGCAUUGUCUAAGGAAGUAUGACAUGGAUUGGGCUUAUUCAGUUUGUAUACUUUCCUUUAACAUAUGUAUCUAUCUGUUGUUUUCAUUUAGCAUUUUCUACAGCAGAAAAAUUGGUGAAUGCAUUUGUUUGCUUAGUGAAUGAGUGAAUGAUGUACUGUUUAUAUAUUUGGGUUUGUAUUCUGUUAUAGCUAGGCAGUAACAUUUUGUAUACUUUCUGUAUGAAUAGAUAAUACACAUAUUAAGUUGUA